AUGAAGAAUCUCACACAUAAGCACAAGAAAGAGGGAGAAAACAUCAUUCUGAAGAUAGAGAAAAAUGCAAUAAUAGAAAAAAAAGAAUAUCAGGUGAUACCGAAAUAUUUUUUACUGAACGAUGAUAAGAAUAAGAAUGUCUACUGCUUGCUGAAGAAAAAGAACUCUACCAAAAGUGAAAAGGAGUUGAUGAAUGGGGAAAAAGAGAAAAAAUUACUCAUAAAGAGACAAGGCGAAAGCGAAAAUUAUGAUGGGAUACUAAGUUCGGUUCCAAAUCACAACAACAGUGAUGUGUGCAAAUUGGGAUCCCCCAGUUCCUUUCCUAGUUGUUAUUACGUAUGUGAAGAAAAGAACGUUGUUCAUUCUACGCCGAAUAUUAAAACCGUGGAGAAAAUAGAAAAUGAAAACACAGAUUUUAGGAAGGAAAGUUUUUUACGUCUGUUGAGAAAUUCUUCUAAAAAGAUCCUAUGCUCAGCUGAAAAGGUAAAAAUUUUUAAAAACUUAUUUUUGAAAAUAAAAAGGAAAGAUGAAAAUUUUUUUUGCGAUUCAAAAGGGGGAGUAGACAGUACUCUGGAAAACGGUGUAACAGACGAAUGUACUCCACCUGGUGUGUGUAUGAUAUGCCCAAGAGGGGAGGAAGAAGGGGAGGAGAAUGAGAAAGAACAUACAAGGGGCGGAAACAAAACAUUUACUAUUUCUUGUACAGUCAAGUUAAAGGGAAAAGGCAUAAGCACAGACAUAAGGAACGGCGAAGGAUUCAGCGAAAAAUCCCCCCAAAAUAACAGAAUGAGAAAGGAAGAAAACGACCUAAAGAGUAAUUCUGAAAUGUUAACAAAUGAAAAAGAGGAACAUGAAUACAUUUUUGAUAAUUCCCUAAAGGAUAGAAUGAAAGAAAGGUAUCCCGUAAAAUAUGAGGAUGGAAGUAAAAGCAAAAUUUUUUUGGAGAAAUUUUUAAAGGAAAAAAAAAACAGAAUGAACAAUGCCCUUCCAUUAAACAUCGCAAGAGAUAGGAUAUUCGAGCCAAAGGAAAUAACAAAAUUGAGCAGGCUGAAAAGGGCUAGCGGUAUGAUCUCUUAUGCAGACAAUUUUCCCAAACAAGUAUUGCAGCCAAGUGGUGAUAGCGCUACCCUCGAAUAUUGCGCAUCAGACAUGAACAUAAAAAAGUGUGCUAUCAUGGGGUACGGGAGGAAUAUCUCUUUAGAGGAUAAAACGGAAGUUGCGCCCAUUCGUAGAAAUGAAGAACAGUCGGGUAAUGUUAUAAGAAAGAAGGAUUCCAACUUCAUUAUGUGUAAAAGUUCGAUGAAAGCAGUUAAAAUGGGCAAAAAAAAUACAAAGGGAUUACACAUCUCUAGUAACAAUAAAAAAAUAAUUGCACCAUUCGUGUGUGGAAAGACGAAGGAAGGGAAGAAGGAAAUUGCUGUUAUGGUGGAAAGUGGGGAGAACGGGUGGAAGGACCACACUGAUUGGGAUGAAUACUCUUUAAGCCAAAUUAUGCAAUACAAUGAAAAGUGUGAAAUUGGCGUGGAGCAAAGGCAAGGGCGCAACCAUGUUAAGGAAGACUCUGCGCAGGAGACUCAGAUGUGGAAGACAUGGGCUCUCUGUGUACAACAGAACAAAAAUGAUGAUGCUCAAGAGGUUGCUGCCAAGCCGAAUGUAUCAAAUGAAGAGAAUCAAAGUAAAGUUAGACGUAGCAUCAAAGAUGUUGGAGAAUUACAAAAAAGUGAUAAAGUGUCAAUUGAGCAGAAAAAUUAUGGGCAUCAGCCUGACCCAGUUUGUAAAGAUGUUAUUGACAAAAUGCGGAAGGAAGGAGGAAGUACUUUUCACGUCUUAUGCGAAGAAAAUGGGAAGACAAAUGGGGAGAAAGAGCAACCUGGUGGGGGGAAGAACCUAAAGGUGAACCCCAUGCAGACAUGUUCCCAAAACACAUCAAUAAUCACGGAUACAGUUAGCAGUCCCCAUAACAGAAAGGAAGAGAAAUGUAGAAGAAAGAAAUUCUUCUUUUUUCAAAAAAAUAAAGUGAGAAUAAAAAAUUUUAUUAAUAAAAAUGAGAUAUUUAAUCUUUCCAGAAAGGAAGAGAAUAGAAAUAUGAAAAUGGAAAAGGUAAACAAGCGAGUGAACCAUGCAUCAGAGGAAAUUUCCCCCCACAGUUUCUCAACAUCAAAUAAUUCUAUGAGCAAAUUGGGGGGAAUACAAGUGGUUAGGAGUGUAAGCCACGCAUAUAAUAGUAGCGGGUUAAAUAGGAGAAUUGCGGAUAGAAAGAUAAAAGUGGAAGAAGAAGUGUUUUCUUCGUAUCCUGUAGAAGUGGGCGACACGAAAAGGGAAUUUGAAGAUCACACACUUAUGGAUGAAAGAAGAAUAGCGACUGUGGAGAUCGUAAGCACCGACACCGACGUUUUAAAGCGAGUUUGCAUUGGAAACCAACUUGAUGGAAGCUUGAAACAUGGUGUAAAUGUAAUGACCGAAAAUGACAACUUGAAUUCAUGUGAAGAUGAUCUCCUUGAAAAUGGGAGAGCUCACGAAGACAUCCAAAUUUGUGAAAACUGUAGCAACACGGGCUGUUCGAAUAGUUAUACGAAUGAGGACAAUGAAGGAGAAAAAUGUAGCUACAACAUUUCAUACCAUAAACAGAAAUUACUGAUGGAUGAUUUAAUAACCAGCGUGUCGAAGGAAAAGAAUUAUGAAAAUCCCUAUCGGCAGAAAAAAAAAAUGCUUGAAGAGAAAAAGGAAAAAAAAAAUACGGACAAAACCUCUGAGCAGAAAUGUGAAGACACCAAAAUGGAACGCAAAAUAAAUGGGUUAAAAAGAAAGAAAAAAAAAUUUCGAUCGUAUUUUAAGAAGUUCAGGUCUUUUUUCUUUUUCCAGCAUAGAAAGAGGACUAGCACAUUGACCUCCAUCACCGCAGAAAAUGAAUCCAAUAAAGUUAUUAGAAAAAAGAAGUUUCAUUUAAAAAGGAAAAAAAAAAUAAAAAAAUUGAAGAGUCUACGGUUGCUAAACAUGUACAGCUCGAAAAAAAUGAUGGACAAAAGGAAAAAUGAAAGGAGAGCAGAUAACCAUUGCGAAAAUUACCAAACGCGGGGAUUUUUGUUGGGAGAACAGAGGGAAAAAGAAAGAGGGAGAAAGACAAUCGUGCUCGAUCUAGACGAGACCCUUGUUCAUAGCACGUUACGCGGAGAGAAGUACAAUUCUUUCAGGAUUCACAUCGAGCUGGGUGACGGGCGUUGUGUAAUUUAUGUAAAUAAGAGACCAGGUGUGGAGCAUUUUUUUAAGGAAAUCUCGAAACAUUACGAAGUGGUUAUUUUCACAGCUAGCUUACCCAAGUAUGCAAACGCCGUUAUUGACAAGUUGGAUAAGGACAACAUCUGCGCCUACCGACUCUUUAGGGAAUCUUGUACCUUUUGGAAUAAUAACUAUGUGAAGGAUUUAAAAAUACUGGGACGGGACUUGAACAACGUCGUUAUAAUUGAUAAUUCCACCUUCGUCCAUAAGUUUUGCGAAGACAAUUGCAUAUUAAUCAAAAGCUGGUUUGACGAUCCAACUGAUAAAGAGCUUUACAAAUUAGUCCCCUUUUUAAAAAAAUUGUCAAAGAAGAAAUCAGUUAUACGUGAACUGAGAAAGUAUAACAAGAAAAAGAGGAAAAGGAAAUUUUAA